AUGCAAAGCACACAAUGGGUGGAAGGCACAAAUAGGCUUAUUAAAACUAAGAUCAGUACAAAAACAACACUGCUUAAUUUAGACAAAAUAAUUCAAAUGAAACUUGAACAUGAAGCACAAUACCAACAACUUUCAGAGUAUAAAAAUGCAUUUCCAACCCAAGGACUUCCAAGUAUUCAAAGUGUGUUUUUUGAACCAGUUCAAAAUGAAAUAAAAAAAUAUUUAACAUUGAAAUUCACCUCAGUUCAAAGUAUCCAAAUAUCACAAAGUAUCCUAUAUCACGCAUGUUUAUUUGAAUUGACUUUACUUCCUGCUGUGCAUGAAUAUACAGAUGGAUAUUUUGAGAAUGAAUAUGAUGCAUUACAAGCUUUGCUUGAAAAUCUUGUGAAUAUGGUCAACUGUGAAAAUAUUCUUGAAACUUGGAAAAUGUCUCGCAAUGCGAAGUUUGAUGUUAAACUUAUAUUUAAACAUUGGUACACCGAUCCAAUGCAAGCAUCAGACUAUUCUAUGAUUGAAGGCACGGCUAUUGAAGAGCUCGAUUCAAAUGAACAAAUAAAUCAGUUGAUUUCUAUUCGUGGCCCCGAUGCAUAUCAAGCUACUAAAAGUGGGCUAAAAUUUGCUCUUGAUAAUGGAUUAGUUGAUGAAUUUGCAGGAUUGAUAGAGAAAUUUACUGAAAAUCAUACUGAUGUUGACGUUAAUAAUCGGAUGAUUAUUGAAGAAGAUAAAUCAGAUAAAUUGAGACAAAUAGUUGAAACCGAUACUGAAGAGGUUGAAGAAAGGCCAAAAAAACGAAAUGAAAUGGGUGGAGGAAAUUCUACACGAAGAACAGAUACUCGUCACUGUGGCAAUUGUUAUGGAACCGGACAUUAUUCUUCUACAUGUCAAUUUCCUAAAGACCAUUUUAGAUAA